AUGGCCAAAGUCAUAGUCUUGGUGUUAGUCUUACUCCAAUUGAGUUCGUUGGGAGUUUUUGCUAUCGAGGUUGGUACUCACCACCACCAUCAUCCUUAUCAUCCACCUACCCCAACCCCUGCUCCUGUUCAACCACCAUCUUCUUAUGGUAUUCAUUCUCUUCGUCUAGAUCAUCACAAAAAACAUCCUCCCCAUCACCCAUCUACCCCAAGAAAGGCCCCUGUUCAGCCACCGUCUCCAUCUCCCAUUCCAUCAAACAAUCUAGAUAAUCCACAAAUUGAACGCCACAAACCUCAUCCUCAUCACCCACCUACCCCAACCCCUGCUCCUUUUCAAUCAAAAUCUUCUUCCGAUAUUCAUUCUCUUUGUGUUGAUCGUCGCAAAAAACAUCGUCCCCAUCACCCAUCUAGCCCAAGAAAGACCCCUGUUCAUCCACCGUCUCCAUCUCCCAUUCCAUCAAACAAUCUAGAUAAUCCACAAAUUGAACGCCACAAACCUCAUCCUCAUCACCCACCUACCCCAACCCCUGCUUCUGUUCAACCAAAAUCUUCUUCCGAUAUUCAUUCUCUUCGUGUUGAUCGUCACAAAAAACAUCGUUCCCAUCACCCAUCUACCCCAAGAAAGGCCCCUGUUCAUCCACCGUCUCCAUCCCCCAUUUCAUCAAAUAGUCUAGAUAAUCCACAAAUUGAACGUCGUAGACGUCUUCCUCAUCACCCACCAACCCCAACCCCUGCUCCUAUUCAAACACCAUCUUCAUCCUUUCUUUAG